ACUGAUUGUAAUUCUAAAAUUUUUCCACUUGCAGAAAAAGAACUUCAAAACAAAUUAAUUGAAUUUGUUCAACAAGCUCAACAAAAUGGAUUUGUUAAAAAAGGAGCAAAUGAAACAACAAAAGCACUUAAUAGAGGAAAAGCAGAUAUUGUUAUUAUAGCUGCUGAUACUAAACCAAUUGAAAUUGUUUUACAUCUUCCAAUUCUUUGUGAAGAUAAAAAUGUUCCUUAUGUAUUUGUUGGAUCAAAAGCAGCUCUUGGAAGAGCAUGUGGUGUUUCAAGAGAUGUUAUUGCAGUUGCAAUUAUUAAUGAUAAAGGAAAAUCAGCACCAUCAGUUGAAACAAUGAAAGAUGAAAUUGAAAAGCUUUUAUUCUAA